UCUUUAGCCGCGGUCACACUGGUUCGGUAGCGUCUCGUUUAAUUUUCAAUUUUAGCAGUUAAAAAUUAGUGUGAUAUGUGACAAAUGCAGACAUUUCUGUUCAAGCAACAAACCUUUAUCAAAAAUACACUUCUUAAUACAAAAUCAAUAGAAGUAGCAAAGAAAGAAGUAGCCUCUGGUUUUACUGAACGAAAUUGUCAUUGUCCUUACCGACGUUGUUGUUGUUUUUACUGUAUCCGCUUACAGUUGUUCUUGUUGUUGUGGUUGCUCGUAGAUACAUAUACACAGUGUUUACUCGAUAGUCUCAACAGACUCACAUCUGGAAAAAUAAGGAAACCACAAUGGACACGGACAAUGUAAAUUUAAAUGAUUUCAGAGAUCGCGAUUUAGCCUCGCGCAUGCGUCGAUGCAAUUAUGAAAAGUACAAAUCCCUGGUGCGCAUGCACUUGUCCUUUGAAUUGGAGCUGAACACGGAUGAGUUCGACCUUCCCUGCCAUGAAAUUAUUUACGAGGAGAAGGGCAAGAUGAAGAAGUGGAAUCGGCUGUCCAAGAAACAUCGGUUGGGUCAUGGAGGAGCUGCCACAUCAUGUGCAGCCGGCUCAGGCAGCAAAUCCGUGGGAAAUAGUCCCACAGAGACACUGCAACAGCAAAUUGAUCCAGGAUUUCUGAUGCAUCUGCAAGAGCUCAAGGAGUUUCUCAUGCUAGAGAAAAACCUUACCCAGGAGGGGCUCUUCCGGAAAGCUGGCGCUGUAUCCCGACAAAACGAGCUUAGGAUGCACAUACAGCACGACAAACCACUUAAUUUAGAACUGGCUGGUUUCUCAGCCCAUGAUUGCGCCACCGUUUUCAAAGGGUUUCUCUCUGAGCUCCCAGAACCUUUGCUUACGGAUGCCCACUAUCCGGCUCAUCUUCAAAUAGCCCCGCUUUGCCAGGCGCUCAAUGGGCAGGUGAUGGCCGCCGCCGAACGUCAACAGCACCUGCUCAACUCUGUGCAGCUGCUGCUCCUUCUCCUGCCCGAAGAACACCGCGAACUCCUGCAACACAUCAUCGAAAUGUUGCAUGCCGUGGCCCAGCACGAGAAAAGUAACAAGAUGAGCGCCGAGAACUUGGCCACUUUGUUCACACCGCAUUUAAUAUGCCCCAGACAACUGCCACCCGAGGUGCUACACUACCAGGCGAAGAAGAUGUCUAGCAUAGUCACGUACAUGAUCGUGCGCGGUCUGGACAUUUUUGAGGUGCCUGGCAAGCUGUCCACGGACAUCCGGGCGUACUUUCUCGAGCGCAAACGAAAGAAAACAAUGUCGCCGGAACAAACGCUCGACGAGUCCAUCUCGGACAUCUCGACGGUCAACACGGUGUACACUUUCGUAGAUCGAGCCGCUACUGCUGCGGCCACCAAUACGAACAACACCGACACGGAGCUGGCUCAGCUUUAUGCCCAUAUACAGAGCAUGCCGGAAUCCUCUAAGAAGCGGCGACUGAUUAAGCAGUUUAACAAGCAAAACGGGCAGGGCACCCCGUUGCAGUUGGUGGUUAUGAAUCGGCUUAAAAACAAUGAGGCCACUCGAAGUGCAAAGUCCUUGGGCGAUUCUAUUAAGAAGCACAUUUUUCACAAGAGUCUCAUGUCACGCACACCGAAGAGAGUGCCGCCCAGCUUCCAUUUAGCUGGAGGAUCCGAGACGCCCAACAUGUCGCAUGUGAAGCCCCCGAAAAUGCGGGUGCUUUUCCAGAGUCCCACGCCACCAACACCCACCUCAUCGACCAUAACCAGCGUCACACUGGCACCUAACCCUCGGCAUCAGCUUAAAAAAUCCAUCUCAUCCGCCUCCCUUAAGAUCGAGACCUCGUCAUCGGACAGCAGCUCCAGCGCGGCAAGCGGUAGUAUCUCUGCUCCAGUGAGUCGCCAGCAGUCAAAGGAAUCGCCUUCCAGCAAUGGAGCUGCUGUUCCCGACCAGGAUCUGGACGAGAUUGAUGCCGAUUGCUGCGUGACACCUUUAAAGAUCAUGUCAGCAGUUGCCAAACAGCUCAUCGACAAGAAAAGCGUUGCUUGGGACGAGCACCGCCUGCUGGAGAUCGAGGAGUACUCGAAUCCCUCCACGCCAGUCCAACAAUCGUCGCGCUACAAGUCGGAACCUAAUCUCUCGAGUAUCCUGCCGCAGGUGGACGCGGAGGAAGAGAACGACGGGGCACUCACGCCCAUCGUGGAGGGCCGCACCACGAUGGCAGCAAGUGGCAGCCACAUGGGCAGAUCGAUAACACGCAAGUUAAUGAAAGGCGUCAGCAUGGGCAACCUCAAAUUUCCGUUUAGCACACCUGAGACGACCAAGAGACUAGUGCGGAGUGUUUCGGCUACGCUGAGAAGGCGGCCCAGUGGUGAAGAGGUCAAAAACUGUCUCUUGGCUGCGGAUGCCCCGCUGCUGGAGAAUGUGGAUGACAGCGAUGAAGAGGUGGAACAUAACGAUGAUGUGGACGAGGAGGACGAUGAUACGUUGUCGGAGAACAAUGGCAGCUCUAAUGAACUCCCCGCUAUGAGCCUCGGCUAUCAGCAGAUUCUGCAGAGCAGCGUGUACCGCAACAUGGAUCUCAUCACAAGUACUCCCGCUCUACACAUGGGCCGGCGUUCAAUGUCGCCCAUAACGAAAUCCACUCAACGCAUGCCCAAAGCAAUGCAGGAAUCUAUUAUGACUCCCCGCUCUCGAAAACCCGUAAUGCUCCUGACCGCCUUGGCUGGCAAUGGAGACAAGCAGCUGAAUCUCAGCUUCGCCGAGCAGGAGGAACAGGAUUCCAUUGGUGGCACACCCAUCAAGCAACGGGACCCGCCAUCGCUGCAUAGCGAGGAUGCUACUUCACUGGGCGGAUAUGCGGAUAUCCUGGGGCAGCAGCAGAGCUUUGCUUUCUUUAACUCCAGACAGCGAACGACCAGCAGCAGCACCAGCAACGAGGACACUAAAACCUCAAAUGCCCUAUCCAGCGAUUUUAAGGAAUAUUUGCUUACCCGCAGCGUGCUUACAGCCAGUCCGGCGGACUUGUCAUUUGCCAGUCGCUCAGAUGAUUUUGGUGGAGCUAGCACCACGCAGGAUAUUGACGACCUGGACGAGUCAGAUUUAAGUCCCAGCCUACUUUAUUGCCUAGAUGGAAAUGAGCCGACCUUGGCCUCACCAUUUGGUAACAGCAAUGGGCGGAAAAGAUCUGCAGGUACGCCAUUGAAGUCUGGCCUUAUUCCUAACGACGAUGCGGAUAAUAAGGAGAACAUCGAGAAUCUGCAGGAGGAGCACUCGCGCACUAAAAAACUGUUAAUUACUUCUUCCGAGGAGUAUCCGGGCGAAACGGCUCUAUAGCUUUAAAUUGAACUAAUGCACAAAUAUGUAGUGUUUUCAUAAUCUAACGUUAAAACCGUUGUACGGUUUUAAAAAUUAUAUUUCAUCAAAAUGUUUAAGAAAAAGAUAGCUUCCGUGAGAAAAUGUUUUCGCUAUGACACGUUCUUUUGUUUUAACUUGGCCGCGUUCAACAAUUUUAGUUUAAGAUCUUUCAUUUUAAAUGCAUGUCUCAAAAAUCUCUAUAAAUAGAUAUAUAAUUAUAUAUAAUCGGAAAGUAA